AUGGAUGGAGCUGGAGAACAACCGUCGCCUACGGCCGACUUUAUGACUCGUUCAUUCAAGCGUCGGAUAUCAGACUGGCAAGCCGACGUUCAAUCGCACAAUCCGCCACAGAUCCCACCAGUGCCCAAGAAGAGAAAGGUGCUGCACAAAUCAAAGAGCAGCAAAAGUGAGAAUCUACGAGCUACAGCCAAAGAACACCGCGCCGACCGCGACAACCGCACUCCAGGAGAUACUAGUUCAAGGCAUACACUCCGCCGGAAAAGCAGUAACAAGGAUUUACGACCUAGUCACCACCAACAUGGAAUGGUGGGACUUAGAGAUCGGGAGGGGACGGCUUCAAGAAUCAGUCUAGGACGACUUAACCUCGAGUCAAAAUCUCAAACACAACUUACAGAGAAAACAAUAACCCAAAGACCUACAACACCAGUUACCCAUAGUCCGAAUACCUUAAUGAAAAUGAAGAGGGAAGGUUUGGAUCGAACACGGCCGAGUUUUCGGUUUUUAGGGUGUAGCGGCGGAGCGGGAAAGUUUUCAAGGGCAACCAGGACGAUCGGAGUAGGUGUUGGAGGCUUCUUAAAACGAUUGAGCGGGUGGUGCUCUGCCCAAGGAUGUAUUCCGACGAGUUUCAGAGAUGAUAUCGAAAGGCUUGACCCCUUUGCUUAUCUCCCGGAUCUUGUAUACGGAGGCUUUGCAGAUGACUGGUCGGAACGAGAUUUGGGAUCCGAGUUGGAUUUCGUCACCCGGAGCGUGCAAAACUCAGAGAAACUCCAUGUGGCAUCAAGUACGGAGACCGAAUGGGUGAUGCACACGAAGUUGUUAUUAGAACAUGCUUUCAAAUCGUACGAAUCUACUGUGUCGGUGUUGGUAGCGACUACGGUUGACCUAGAACCGGCUCUUCUACCAAUUGAUAUGGGCCGAUUGUCGGCGCCACCCCGCCUACAAACAUCUACCACAAGACCUCGCAAGAAUUCCAUAUCCUCAGCCACUGAAAGCGACACUGGCCAAUAUGACACUACUCCCGCCAAAGUCGACAUUACUAUUGGCCUUGACAAGACGGACCCUGUAGUCACAGAGUUCCUGAAGGACCUUGAAGCCAUGUGCCGAACUCGUGCGCCGACAGCCUUUACUCAUUCUAUCCCCUUUCCUAUCAUUCCGGUGAAAGUCAAAGACGAAACCGGCAGUUCUCUAGCCGCAGAAUAUGAGACCACGCUCUGCGCAUCUGCCAUGUUAGCAUCCUGGUCCUCUGCCAGCGCAACAACCGCUACUGUUAGUACUAUAAAUCUUAACAGUAGCAUGAUGCAAACAGACGACUUAGCGCCCACUGAAUUAUUGGAUGAAGAUGCUACCGUGGAGAUAAAACCUUCACCGCUAAUCCUCACUUUAUCUGUUAUCGGCGCCAAUUGGUUUUAUAACGUAGUGUAUACGGAUGAUAUUCGAGAUUUUACUGGUACUAGACAUGUCCUCGGCCCUUUCCUAAUCGGGCAAUCGAGGAGCUUCCUAGGGACGUUCCAGAUAUUACGUUUUUUGAGAAUGGCAUGUGACUGGGGAGUCAGAGAAUGGGUUAAGGAUAUGUGUGAAAAGUUGGGUGAAAGUGAAGAUGUCAACAGAGGUCUGGCAAAGCUGAUGGAAUAG